AAGAAACCAAAAAUUCGCUUCGUUUCGUCGCCUUUGCUCACACUGACCGAGAAAUGGAGAAAGAGGAGAGAAAAAUCGAAGUCCGUACUCUAUCCGGCGAAUCAACGACGGUAUCUAUGGCGACAAGCGGAAGCAUUAGCGACCUCAAGCUUCUACUAACACUCAUAUUCCCUCCCGCCUCUUCUUCUCCUAAUUUCCACCUCUUCUUCAAGGGAGUUAAAUUAAGCGUGCAGACUCGCAUUGCCACUCUUACUGUUGAUCCUGGUGAAUUUUUAGUGUUAAUUCCAUUUAUUAAGAAAGAUCGCCCUAAUAUGAUGCCUGAUUAUUUUUCAUCCAAUUUACCGAAAGAAAUGUCAAGCACAAGCGCUAGCUAUUCCGAUUCGGUUUAUUCCGAUAUGAUGCAAGAAUUCUCGUCUUUUUUAAAUGAACCAAGCGAGUUAAGUGCGCCUGAUGAUACUAGUUUCGUAACACAUAAAAGAAAAAGGGAUAAGGAAGAAGAAGAAAAAGAAGAAAGAGGAAAAGCCCCAUUUACGUUCUUAUGGAGUGUGAUGCAGUCUUCUAGUAGGAAUAUUAUGGAGGAUUCGCAUUGUGAGAAGUUUGUUGAGGUUUUGAGUUCUUUGAAUUGCUUGAGUAGUCCGCGUUCCAGGACUUGCGUGUUGUUAGGUAGUCAGAAAAAUGGUGAUAUGGAAUUGCGAGGAGAAAAUGAGGUUUUGUGCUUGUGUCCGUCUUGGUUGAAAAGAAUUAUGCAGGCAUUUGCUUUCUUGAAUAUUUGUUCUGCUUUUUUACAUAUGAAGAAGGAGGGGAUUACCUCAUCUAGGUUGAAGGAGGUACUUAAGAAGCUUAGUGGAUUUGGAUGUGGAGUAGGAUUUGAGGAUAUUGAGCAUAUUUCUAUUAUUUGUCCCAAGGUUGUGUCCUUCAGUGACAGUGAUGCAAAGCUUCUUAGUUCUGCUGAUGCGCUUGUUAUUAUCAAUUCUGAAAUGGAAGAACGAGAUGAUUUUGUAAAAUCCACAAAUGGACAAAAAGCCAUACCUUUAUCCAAGAUAUUUAACAUGAUGAAAAAACGGGAAAGUUCUUUUAAAACUCACUUGUCGGAAGCUGCUAAAUUUCUAGUGAGAAAAAGUAAAAAAGCAACUGAAACGCUCUUUUCCUUGGAAGAUUUACUUAACUUUGUGAAGGGAGUCGAUGUUCCUGAAAAGGAAAAUGAAGCAAAUUGGGGAAAUGGAAGACGGUCCUGCCAUCAGCGCUCAUGUUGUCAUGAAACUAAUCAAUUGCUGCCAGUGGAAAUGGUUCAACAUCUUAGAGAGGGCCCUGGAUCAAAUGGACAUAUGGUACACCUUGAAGACAUUGAUGCUAGAAAUGCCAUUUUCACAGAAAUACCACAUGAGCUUUCUGAUAACACAAAGUUGGCCCUGAGAUGUAUGGGGAUCACUAAAUUAUAUAGCCACCAGGCAGAGUCUAUCAUGGCCUCCCUUGCUGGAAAGAAUGUCGUAGUUUCAACAAUGACAUCUAGUGGGAAGUCCCUUUGCUAUAAUGUCCCUGUUCUGGAAGUAUUGUCCCAAAACUUGUCAUCAUGUGCUUUAUAUUUGUUUCCAACUAAGGCUUUGGCUCAAGAUCAACUUAGGGUGUUGUUGACUAUGACAAAAGAAUUUGAUACAAACAUAAGUAUUGGCAUAUAUGAUGGUGAUACUUCUCAAACGCAAAGGUCAUGGCUGCGUGAUAAUGCUAGACUGCUGAUCACAAAUCCAGAUAUGUUACACAUGUCAAUUUUACCAUUUCAUAGACAAUUCAGUCAACUUUUAUCAAAUCUAAGGUUUGUGGUGAUUGAUGAAGCUCACUAUUACAAAGGAGCAUUUGGAUGCCAUACUGCUCUAAUCCUGAGAAGACUCCGCAGAAUCUGCUCUCAUGUAUAUGGCAGUGACCCUUUAUUUGUAUUCUCAACUGCGACGUCUGCCAAUCCCCGUGAGCAUUGUAUGGAACUCGCAAAUCUUUCAACAUUGGAGCUCAUUGACAAUGAUGGAAGUCCCUCUGCAAGAAAAUUAUUUGCUUUGUGGAAUCCUAGCGUAUGUGUAUUGCUACUACCUUUAAAAGUACAUCAAGAAUUAAUUAAGUUAAUACUCGCUAAAUCUGAUGCAUUACAGAUCUCGAAUAAAGAUGCUAUUGACUCUGCGAACAACAAUACAAGCCCAAUUUUGGAAGUUUCUUACUUAUUUGCAGAAAUGGUUCAGCACGGACUUCGUUGCAUAGCUUUUUGCAAGUCACGCAAACUCACCGAGCUUGUUUUGUCCUAUACGAGGGAGAUACUUCAGAAGUCAUCCCCCCAUCUUGUAGAUUUAAUAUGUGCUUAUCGUGGUGGCUAUACUUCUGAGGAACGAAGAAAAAUAGAGAGGGAUUUCUUUAAUGGGACACUUUGUGGUAUUGCUGCUACAAAUGCCCUUGAGUUGGGAAUAGAUGUUGGCCACAUUGAUGCAACAUUGCAUUUAGGCUUCCCUGGUAGUAUUGCUAGCCUGUGGCAACAAGCUGGAAGGUCUGGAAGAAGAGAAAAGGCAUCUCUUGCUGUGUAUGUUGCUUUUGAAAGCCCCCUUGACCAGUAUUUUAUGAGAUUUCCCAAGAAACUCUUCGAUAGUCCAAUUGAAUGUUGCCAUGUUGAUGCUCUAAAUGAGCAGGUGGUUGAGCAGCAUUUGGUCUGUGCUGCUCUUGAGCAUCCAUUGAGUUUUCUUCAUGAUGAGAGAUAUUUCGGCUCUAGUUUGAGCAAGUUGGUAAUGUCCCUUAAAAAUAGAGGAUAUCUGAGCUGUGAUCCCUCACGUGAAUCUUCUGCUAGAAUAUGGAGCUACAUCGGGCGUGAGAGAACACCUUCACAUGAAAUCAGUAUUCGAGCAAUUGAGGCUGUAAGGUACAGGGUAAUAGACGUUAAACGGAAUGAAGUCCUGGAAGAGAUAGAAGAAAGCAAGGCUUUUUUUCAGGUAUAUGAAGGUGCAGUCUAUAUGCACCAAGGGAAUACCUAUCUGGUUGAGAAUUUGAGUAUAGCGGAGAAGACUGCUUUGUGCCGAAGAGCGGAUCUGAAAUAUUACACAAAAGUUCGUGAUUAUACAGAUAUUCAUGUUCUUGGUGGUGGUGUUGCCUAUCCAGUAAGGAUUAUCAAGAAACAGCCAUUGAAAACAACAGCUCAAGCAAGUUCUUGCAAAGUGACAACUACUUGGUUUGGCUUCUAUUGCAUAGAGAGAAGGACUAAAAAAAUUCUGGAUAAACAUGAUCUUUCGCUGCCUAAGUACACGUAUGAAUCACAGGCAGUUUGGAUUCCAGUUCCUCAAUCAGUAAAAAUCUCGGUGCAGAAAUGUUUCCCAUUCCGUGAGGGUCUGCAUGCUGCAUCUCAUGCUAUUCUUAAAGUAGCGCAUUUGUAUGUAAGAUGCAACUCUUCUGACUUGGCUCCGGAGUGCCCAAACCCUCACGACACCCGCUAUUUUCCUGAAAGAAUUCUAAUAUAUGAUCAGCAUCCUGGCGGGAUUGGCCUCUCAGUGCAGAUUCAACCCUAUUUCACAGAGCUCCUGAAUGCUGCUUUGCAACUUCUCACAUCAUGCCACUGCUCUGGAAUUACCGGCUGUCCGCAUUGUGCUCAAAGUAUGGUUUGUCACGAGUACAAUGAGGUGUUGCACAAGAAUGCAGCCAUUAUGAUCAUUAAGGGUGUCUUGGAGGCAGAGGAUUCUUACUUCACAGAAAUCAAUGACUUAUCUGAGAGCAAUACAGGGGAAUGUUCUAAACCCUCCAAUUGAUCAAUCAAUUCCAUUUUCGUGCAACUGGCUGCUAACUAUGCCUUUCAUUGUCUUCAGGUAUCCAUCCUAAGCCUUUCCUCAUCGUGGGGGCCGACCCUUCUCGCCGGAGAAAAUUUAACAAAAUACAGAUAUAGGGGUGAUUUUUAUCUGGUAGGGGCGGACCUACAAGUGAUAGGGGCGUUUUUUUUCUUUUAGGGCUGCCCCUACAAGUGCUAGUUGCGUUGUUUACUGUGUUUGAUAUUUCUUAAUUGCCAAAUGCGAAAAUUUCGACCCUCCUUAGUUGGCAUCCUAGUUUCGCCCCUGUUCCACAUUCGCUAUGCCCAAGGAAUGCGGAAAAUUCAAUCGAGUGUAUUUCCAGAAGUGAACAUAGAGAUAUUGGCUAUUUGGGAUUUGCAAUGCCUCUUGAUGGAAAAUCCUUAACAGAUGCUUAUGCUAUGUUGGCGUGCUCAUUAAGGUGUUCUCAAGUUCUUGAAGCAUAGAUGCUAUUCUUUGGCAUACAGAAGCACGUGAAGAUGUUAUUUUUCUUUUAUUUUUUAUUCUCAUUGUGUGAGAUAUUUGUAGCAUUUAAUGUUAUUCUUAUUAGUACAUUGCAUUAAUAAUUAUUUAAGUAAUUAUUUUAAACAAAA